UCGCUGAGGAGAGGGGCAGAGAGAGGGAGGAGUCUUCAUCCCCCAUGACUGUGUUAUGAGUGGUCGAGCAAGGAAGAGCCAGCGAGAGAGAGAGAGAGUGUGAUGGAGAGAGACUGGGCGAGUGAGCGCUGAUGCGCUGGAGUAUGGACGACCAGCGGGACGAUGCACGAGUAAGCCAGAGAAGACAGUGAAAGUACAAGAAGCUCCCAUUAGGACACAAGCAUGUGAGGCUGAGCUCACCACUGUCAACUCUGAAGACUGACACACAGGAAAAAGACAGAAAAAGACAAGGAGGAUCGGCAGAGGACUGAAGACACUCUGUAGCGUCUUUCCUGUGGUAAACGGACACACUCAAAGGAGAGCUGUUUUGCCCUCUCACACUCUCAAUCAUGAUCCGUCGGGUCCUUCUGCUCCUGUGGAUCUUCGGACACGGUGGAGAGUCCAUGUUUUCCCAGCAGCCACAGGACUUGGUGGUAGUGGCUGGCCAACCUGUGACAUUACCAUGCUCUAUCCCUGGUUACCAUGGGAUUGUCCUGUGGAUCAAAGAUGGCCUGGCACUCGGUGUUGGCAGGGACCUCUCAGGCUAUCCCCGUUACACAGUGAUUGGCGACCAUGGCUCCGGAGAACAUCAUUUGCGAAUUCAGCGUGUGGAGUUGAUGGAUGAUGCUGUGUUUGAGUGCCAGGCUGUCCAGGCUGCCAUGAGGUCCCGUCCUGCCCGCCUCACUGUGCUUGUUCCACCCGAGGACCCAAUCAUCAGUGGAGGGCCAGUGGUGAGCCUGAGGGCCGGUGACGCACUCAAUCUGACUUGCCAUGCUGAUAAUGCCAAGCCAGCAGCCUCCAUCGUCUGGAUCCGCAACGGAGAGGUCCUCAAUGGGGCCAUGUACUCCAAGACAUUGCUCCGCGAUGGAAGGAGAGAAACCACGGUGAGCACACUCUACCUGUCCCCCUCCAACAUUGAGACUGGUCAGCAGAUCAUUUGUAAGGCCUCAAACAAGGCAGUCCCCAACGGCAAGGAGACCAGUGUCACGAUUGACAUCCAGCAUCUGCCUCUUGUCAAUCUCUCAGUGGAGCCUCAGCCAGUUCUUGAGGGAAACCUUGUGAGAUUUCACUGCUCUGCAAAGGCCAACCCUCCUGUUACGCUUUACAGGUGGGCCAAAGGAGGAAGUAUAAUAAAGGAGGUCUCCGGCGACACGUAUGAGGUGAUUGUGGACCACUCCUUCUACACAGAGCCAGUUUCCUGUGCAGUUACAAACCAACUUGGCAGCACCAACGUUAGCCGUAAUGUCGAUGUCUACUUCGGGCCUCGCAUGGCAGCAGAGCCUCAGUCCUUGCAGGUGGACCUCGGAUCUGAUGCUGUAUUCAAUUGUGCCUGGACAGGAAAUCCCUCGCUUACCAUAGUGUGGUACAAGAGAGGUGCUGCAGUGACCCUUAGCAAUGAAAACCUUCUAAGACUGAAAUCAGUGCGGCAGGAGGAUGCUGGGAAAUAUCUUUGUCGUGCUGUUGUCCCAAGAGUUGGCGUAGGGGAGAAGGAAGUUGCUCUCACUGUAAACGGUCCACCCACCAUCUCCAGCACUCAGACACAACAAGCCUUGCACGGAGAAAAAGGACAAAUCAAAUGUUUUAUUCGAAGCACUCCACCUCCAGACCGCAUUGCCUGGUCCUGGAAAGAGACGGUGUUGGAGUCCGGAACAUCCGGUCGCUACACCGUGGAGACGGUGACCACGGAGGAAGGAGUCAUUUCUACACUGACCAUGAGUAAUAUUGUGCCAGCUGACUUCCAAACCAUUUACAACUGCACUGCAUGGAACAGCUUUGGCUCAGACACUGAGAUCAUACGCCUUAAGGAACAAGGUGGGAGCCAAGAAUCCCUUCCCGUGGCGGUGAUCAUCGGCAUCGCUGUGGGAGCGUUUGUGGCCGUCAUCGUCCUCAUGGGCACCAUCGGAGCAUUCUGUUGUACCCGCUCCCAGAGAAAGGAAGCGCACCUGGUUAUGCCCUCACUGCCCGUCUCCAUCUGUGCUCACCAGAGAGAACUUGCAAGCAAAAUUAAAACAGAAAAUCUGAAAGGAGCUGUGUCUACAAAAAAUGACAUCCGGGUGGAAAUUGUGCACAAAGUCCACAAUGCCGCCAGAGAAAAUGAAGAACACGCCUCCAUGAAACAACUGAUGGUGAGUGUGGAACGUGGGGAGUUCCAGCAGGAGUCUGCUCUGAAGCAGCUAGAAGUUCUGCAAGAGGAAGAGAAAGAGUAUCAGCACAUUAAGGACCCCACAAAUGGCUACUACAGUGUCAACACCUUCAAGGAGCAUCCGACACCAACCGGGUCGGGGAACCAGUCUACUGAUGGGAGGAAUCCAACAAACACAAGCACCCUGGGCAAGCAGCGGGUACCAACAGGCAUGUCCUUCACCAACAUCUACUCCACUCUAGGAGCGGGCCCCAAUCGUCUCUAUGACUACAGCCAACGCUUUGUGUUGGGCAUGGGCAGCAGUUCCAUUGAGCUCUGCGAGCGGGAAUUCCAACGUGGCUCAUUAAGCGAUUCCAGUUCGUUUAUCGACACGCAGUGCGACAGCAGUGUCAGCAGCUACAGCAAGCCAGACGGCUACGUGCAGUUUGACAAAGACAGCAAAGCGUCGGCUUCCUCGUCAUCCCACUAUUCCCAGUCCUCAUCGCAGAACUCAGACCUGACCCGGCCUCUGCAGAAGCGCAUGCAGACCCACGUCUGACAGCCAGGAUGUGAGUGAUGGAUGUUUAAACAGGGUGUGAACCAGCCUUCAAUGCGAAACUGUGUGUUCUUCUGGAGGUGCAGAAGACGGCUAGCUUGAUCACAUUAUGACUUCUUUUCAGACUUCAAAUGUGGGUCAAGAAGCCUUCUACUGCCCUGUUGCGUAAUCACACAUUAUUUUAUUUCAAAACUCAUAAUUUUGAGUAGUGCCACAGCAGCAAUGUUUGCCAACUCAAAGACAGCCCAAACAUGGAGUUUUUACUGAUAUCCCACAUGGAAUCAUUUAGAUGAUUAAUGGAAAGUGAUAUCACAAGGCUUUGUUUGAUAUUCUGCUCCCUUAAAAUAAUACAUGAAAUACAUUUCAAGAUUGUCAUUCCAAAAAAAGUAUCAUUCUUAUCAGUGCUGAAGAGAAAGAGUACAAGUGUGAGCAGCUCUUUCAUGUACUGUCGUUUCAAGCACAAUAACUGAAUGUGCAUAAGGUUUUUAGGUGUGGCAAUACACCCUUCACCACCCGCUACCUCCUUGGGUAAAACUUGCAUUUCUCCACAUUCCCACAAAAAUGUUUAGAGAAAGAGCUGUAUUUGGGCCACUGAGGCAGAAGAUAAAGAAGGGCUGAGACCACAUUUUCAAUCCCACGUCUUGAGUUUUACAUUGUCGCUCUGAUUAAAGACUAUCAGUGUACAUAUUGUAAAUGACUGUAAAUUAUUUUCUGAAUCUCAAAGAGAGAACUGUGCUUCACAUUGUCCCAAAAACGUAUAUCUACUUUGCCUUGAGGCCUGUUUGAACUCUUGUCAAUUAAAGUGUUGACUAAGCAAGACGGGCUUAUUCUAAAUCAGCUCCUGUGUAGAUGUGGAGUGGCAUCCUCUAUGGUGGAACCAAAUGCAGUCUAUGAACUAACUUGCACUGCACCAGAAGUCAUCAGCCAUAUGCGUUGAAUAAAAUGUAACAUAUUGUCAUGAUGAUUCUUAUUUUUGUGGUUAUAUUGCUGUGUGUAGUGAGUAUUACUGAUGGAACAGGAACUGGACGCUAAGAUGUUACUGCCUAUCACUGGAGUCAAAUUUAAACUCCUUUCUAUUCAGUUUGCCUUCUGUGAAACUUUUUCUUUGAUACCCGCUAAUGUGGUCAUUUUCAACUGCCUGGCUAUGAUUUUGAAUUGUUUGUAGUUCAUUUUGUGGCCACCUCCAAAAAUAUUUAAAAUGAUUAGAAAGUUUGAAAUUUGAUUUUGUCGAUGACAAAUGCUUAAGCCAUGGCAGAGGUCUACCGUAUGCUUGAGUGCUUUUGUUUUUUAUUUGUUUCUGCCCUGUAUAUGCUAAAUGUGAAUUCACUUAAUGGAGAGUAGAGACAGAGAAUAAAUAUGAAUUGCAUCUACAAAAGCAAUCAUACAGCAAGGUUUCAAAGUGAACCUGUCAAGUGUUGUUAUUGUAUUAUAAUUAAGUGGCAGUUUUGGAGUUCUGCUCUACAAAACACAGAAAAGACCCACAGAUAAAAAUAAAUUGUAUCACUGAUGCUGUCACUAA